CCGUUUCGGUAAUUUAAAUCCGAUUUAAUUACCCCCUAGUUUCCCUUUUUCUCACUGUUUUGCCAUUUUCGGAUAUCCUUUCCAAUUUCUCCCAUUUUCUUUUUCCAAUUUCUUAUUAUUCUUUUGCAGUAAAUUCCAGCUCACUCACUCCCACCCCGUAACAAAACAAAAGCACCCAAUAGAAGAACAAAAAUCAACAAAAGGGCGCCUUUCCGUCUCCUUCCCCUUCACGCCAUUCUCCAAAUCCGCCAUUGUUGCGAGAGACCAACCUUUCUUCCCUCACUCCCCUCUCUAGCUCCAGUCUCCAAGCACGAAUUAGAUUCCUCUGCUCUCCGUCUCCGUCCUUGUUAUUUUUUUCCUUCUUCUUCGGCUUGUUGACCAUGAGCUGGGAUUUCACCGGCGGCAGGGGCGGAGCAGGAGGAGGUCGAGCUCGUCUGCCUAGCUACGUGCCUCCGCACCUCCGGAACGCUCCGGUUGCGAAUCCUUACAACGCUGCUUACGGCUACUCGCCCUGCUGUUUACAACGCUCCUGGAUACGGCCAGUACGGCCGCGGGAGAGGCGGUCAGCGGCGGAACGAGUACGAAUCGUCUUCUUCGUCGUCGUUUGCCGAUGCGAUUGCGGAGAAAUUUCGACGAGCUGGAGGUGCUGGGCGAGGAGGAGGAAGCUGGAGGCGGCGGAGUGGGAAUCAACUUCGAAGCUUACAACGACAUUCCUGUGAAGGCGACGGGGAACGAGGUGCCUCCGCCGGUGGAGAGGUUCGACGAGAUCGAUUUAGGGGAAGGUCUGAUGCAGAACAUCCGGAGGUGUAAGUACGUGAAGCCGACUCCGGUUCAGAAGCACGCCAUUCCCAUUGCCGUGGCCGGGAGGGAUUUGAUGGCUUGUGCUCAGACCGGGUCGGGGAAGACCGCCGCGUUCUGCUUUCCGAUCAUCUCGACGAUUUUGAAAAACGGGUUGAAUUCGGGUCCGGGCGGGACCCGGACGGUGGCCCAGCCAUCUGCUCUUAUAUUGUCUCCUACCAGGGAAUUGUCGUGUCAGAUUCACGAGGAGGCCAAGAAGUUUGCCUUCAAGACUGGAGUGAGGAUCGUUGUUGCUUAUGGAGGCGCAUCUAUUCAACAGCAGCUUUAUAAUUUGGAGAAGGGUGUUGACAUCUUGGUGGCAACACCAGGACGUUUGGCUGACAUGAUUGAUAGAGGCAGAGUGUCUCUGAAGAUGAUCAAGCACCUGGCUCUGGAUGAGGCCGAUAGAAUGCUUGAUAUGGGAUUUGAACCUCAGAUUAGGAAGAUAGUUCAGCAGAUGGGGAUGCCUCCACCUGGUCAAAGGCAGACUAUGCUCUUCAGUGCUACAUUCCCGGAUUAAUUCCCUAAAUACUCAUAAAACUAAAACAAAUUCCUAAACUACCACACUUUUAAAAAAUUUUCCCAAAAUACCUAAGUUUGGAGUGGUUCGAGUUUGAGAAACUCGAACUACUAACCGGUUCGAGUGUAGGAGACUCGAUCUACUCGUAGAUCGAUGAUAUAAGGCUCGAACCAUGUGGGGUUGAAGUGGUUCGAGUUCAGUGAACUCGAACCACUCCUUUGAAAUUUCCAACCACCUUAACUUUGUGCUCGGUUAUCCGAUCGUAGCAAACUUUUUUUUCAUUUCGCAUAACUUUUCGAGGACUACAACUUUUAUAAUAGAAAUAUUUUCAGAAUAUAUGUGAAAAUUUGAAAAUUAAAGUUAAAGAUACUCCCAAAACCCCUUAUAUUAAAAACUAUUCCUAUUUUGAAAAUUUAUUCCUAGUAAAUGUUGUAGUACUCAAAAAGUUAUGCAAAAUAAAAAAAAAACUUUGCGAUGUUCGGAUUGCGGAGCACAAAGUUAUGAUCCUCCAAAGUUUGACAAAAUCGAAAAAUUGCUCGUUUAGAGGUUACAAAUGACAUUUUCUCGGAGCGAAGGCACAUGAAAUUUUUUUAUAUGUAGGAAAUUUCUGCAAAAAGAGCAAUAGUUUUCCAAACGAGAAAUUUUUGGAUGGCUAUUUUCCUCGUAAACGUCAUUUGCUACCCAUAAACGAGCAAAUUUUCGAAUUUGUCAAACUUUGGAGGAUCAUAACUUUGUGCUCCGCAAUCCGAACGUCGCAAAGUUUUUUUUUAUUUUGCAUAACUUUUUGAGUACUACAACAUUUACUAGGAAUAAAUUUUCAAAAUAGGA